AUGGCUUUUGUUAUUCCAGAGGCUGGUGACCCUUUGGGUAAUUCUUUAACAGCUCAUGCCACUAACAUACCAGGUUGCAUUACAUAUCCAGCAGUGGAAGAAGGGUCUACAUUCGAAAUCAAGCAUCACAUGUUGAGUAUUCUACCUACAUUUCAUGGGUUAUCAACCGAUGAUCCUAACAUGCACAUUGCAGAAUUUUUAAUGGGAUGCAAGAAUAUUUUGGUGAAAGGAUUCUCAGCUGAAUCUAUUAAGCUUCGUCUAUUUCCUUACACAUUGAAAGAUCAAGCAAGGAGAUGGCUCCUCACACUUCCAUCUGGAAGCAUUAGCACUUGGAACCAACUCAGUGAAAAAUUCUUAAACAAGUAUUAUCCAGCUUCAAAGACUCUCGACAUGAGAACUCAAAUUUUAUCUUUUGCCCAAAAACCAAAUGAAGAGUUUCAUGAGGCGUGGGAACGGUUUAAAGAGUUGAAUAGAAAAUGUCCACAUUCUGGUAUUAGCAGUACGGAUCAAGUGCAUAUAUUUUUCAGAGGGUUAAAUAUGACAACAAAAACUCUUGUCAACGCUUCAUGCGGAGGAUCAUACAAGGAUAAAAAUGCACAAGAGGCUUGUUUAUUAUUUGAAAAAAUGGCAGCAGAUACACAGCAAUGGGCAGUUGAGCAACCACAAUCAAGGUCUGUUUUUGAGAUAUCUAAUGGUUCUCCAUAUAUGUCGGCACAAAUUGAAAAAAUGGAGAAAAAGCUUGAAAGAUUUGAUGCAAAAUUUGACAUGUUAUUACAAAGAAUUCCAGGUUCACAGGUUGCUGUACAGCAACCUUUACCAGCUGCCUGUAGCAUUUGCAAUGUGACAACCCAUGAUUUUUUGAGCUGUCCGCAUAAAGAUGCUUAUCCGGAAUUUGCAGCGGAACAAGUUAAUGCAUUUAAUAAUUUUCAGCGUCCACGAUAUGACCCGUAUUCAAAUGUUUACAACCCGGGUUGGAGAGAUCAUCCUAAUUUUAAGUGGGACAGAGAUCAGCCUGCAAGGCCACAAUUUCAACAACAGGUACAGCAAACUGCUGCGCCUAAGGUUGCUUGGGAGGUUGCAAUUGAAAAAUUAGCAAAUGCCACCAGUCAAGAAUUCCAAAAUCUGCAGGCAACAGUGAAAAACAUAGAAAAACAAAUGGGGCAGAUUGCAUUCCAAGUUUCAGAAAGAGCACCAGGUACAUUUCCUAGCCAAACGGAACAUAAUCCAAGGGGAGGCGCAGAUUGUAAGGCAGUUCGAGUUCUACGUUCGGAUUCUACAGAGUCUAUGGGCAGAUCUGAAAACAGUGCAAAAAUUGCUGCAGAAACUGCAGAACGUGUUUAUGUGCCUCCAAUGCCUUAUCCCGAAAGGUUGAAGCCCAAAGUUAAAGAUCAACAGUUGACAGAUUUUAUGAAGACGUUGGCCAAAGUUCAGAUCAAUCUCCCAUUGAUUGAUGCAAUUAAGAACAUUCCAUCUUAUGCCAAGUUUUUAAAGGAUGUUUGCACAAAGAAAAAGAAGCUCGUGGAUUUUGAAAAAAGACUAGGACACGGAGAAAUCAAGCCUACAUCAGUUAUUCUACAACUGGCAGACCGUUCAGUUGCUUACCCUAGGGGAAUUAUUGAAGACCUCAUUAUUAAAGUGGAUAAUCUCUAUCUUCCUGCAGAUUUUGUGACCGUUAUGGCAACAGCUAGGACUUUAAUUGAUGUGGAAGCUGGAACAUUAACUUUACGAGUUCAAGACCAAUCUGUGGUUUUUAAUUUGUUUGAAGGAGCAAAACGUCCUGCUGAACAGCAGGAAUGUAUGCACAUUGAUGUGGUAGACAAUAUGGUUCAAGCCAGCUUUCAGGCAAGUUCAAAUAUAGAUAAGUUGCUCAGCAAGGGAAAAAGCGAAAAAACGGAAAUUGCAGUUAAAUGA